AUGUCUAUCCGAAUAUUUUUUGGAUUGCUCAGUUUCCUCCUUUGUAAGGGAAAUGUUAUACCGGGUCAAGAUUCAAAGAAUGUUCCUAAUCUUUUUAAUUUACCUGGUAUGUUAGCAAAUAAUCGAAGUGAUAUUGUGCUGAUGGAAGGUGAUAUCGCUCUAUCGAAACAUACCGAUCGAACUGCGUAUAUUCAAUCACCCAAAUGGCCAAACGGUAUUGUGCCCAUUGAAUUCGAUGAUGCGUUUACUGAAGAACAGAAAAAUAUUAUUAUUGGUGCCAUGACUACCAUUAGUCAGAAUACAAAUGAUUGCAUUCGAUUUGUUUGGCGUAAUAAUAAUCCUGCUUGGUUACGAAUCCAUUCAGGCCAAGGAUGUUGGUCAUACAUGGGCAAAUCGGUUAGUAGUGGUCAACAAGAUCUUUCACUUCAGAUUCCCGGUUGUGUUCAUCAUUCAGUUGCUCUACACGAAUUUCUACAUGCACUUGGCUUUGCUCAUGAACAUACACGUCCGGAUCGCGAUACCUAUGUUCGUGUUUAUUAUGAAAAUAUCGAAUCGAGUCAAACAUUUGCCUUUGAUAAAUUUCCAUCAAAUCAAGUGAAUACGUUCAACCAAGCAUAUGAUUAUGGCUCAAUUAUGCACUAUCGAAAUGAUGCUUUUUCCAUCAAUGGUCUUCCAACCAUCAAACCUAUUCUUGCUGGAUAUGAAAACUGGGAACCUUACAUGGGGCGUGGUGAUAAAAUGACUACUCUAGAUAUUGAAAAAUUGAAAAAAUACUAUGGUUGUUCAUAA